UGGGAAGCUGUGACAUUGAAUGAUAUUAAUUCAUGUUGAUAAGAAUAUCUCAAAUGGUGUGAUCAAGACAGAGGUGGAUGUUAAAAUGCAUAAGGCAAAGAAAAUGGAUUUAACUUCUCUUAACCUUUUUUUUAAUUGAAGGUCUCAUUGAAGAUUGGACAUGGCGAUGAUAAUGUGUUUGAAUCGAUAGGUUCAGUUUGUGGCGUUACUUGUUGCAAGCAUGGCUCCUGUCUCUGUUAAGGAUAUAGAUGGUCAUGUGUACAUCAAAGCGCUGGCUCAGUUCCUGAAGAAAACCGGCAAAGUGAAGCUACCUGAUUGGACUGACGUCGUGAAGCUUUCCGCAGCCAACCAGUUGGCCCCGUAUGAUCCCGACUGGUUUUACGUUCGUUGUGCUGCUGUUCUCCGACACUUGUACAUCAGACCCACUGGGCUAACUGGUCUGAGCAAGGCAUUUUCGAGGAAGAAGCGCAAUGGUGUCAGACCAUCCCACCGUUCUUUAGCACAUGGUUCAGUCAUCAGGAAAGCUAUGCAACAGAUGGAAGCCCUCGGAUUGUGUCAAAAGCGUGAGGGCGGUGGAAGGUCUCUUACAUCGGCUGGGAGACGCGACUUGGAUAGACUAGCCUACCAAAUUUCAAGAGAGCGUCGUUGAUGCAUUGAAUACAUAAUUUUGGCAUGAAA